AUGUCAGUGGUAGGCAUUGAUGUGGGUUUCCAAAACUGUUACAUCGCUGUGGCCAGGAGCGGUGGCAUUGAAACCAUAGCCAAUGAAUACAGUGACAGAUGCACACCGGCUUGUGUGUCUUUGGCUUCUAAAAACCGCAUGAUUGGAAAUGCAGCAAAAAGUCAAGUUAUUACAAACUUCAAAAAUACAGUUCACGGCUUCAAAAAAUUCCAUGGCAGAGCAUUUGACGACCCUUUUGUCCAAACGGAAAAACCGAAACUGCCUUACAGCUUACAUAAGCUGGCUAAUGGAAACACUGGCAUUAAGGUGCGAUAUUUGGAUGAGGAUAAAGUGUUCACAGCUGAGCAGAUAACUGGGAUGCUGCUUACCAAACUGAAGGAGACAGCAGAGAGCGCCUUGAAAAAGCCAGUAGUGGACUGUGUCAUUUCUGUCCCAAGUUUUUUCACGGAUGCUGAAAGGCGAUCUGUGUUUGAUGCAACUCAGAUUGCAGGGCUGAACUGUUUACGGCUAAUUAAUGAUACCACGGCAGUUGCUUUGGCCUAUGGGAUCUACAAACAGGACCUUCCUACUCCAGAAGAGAAGCCCAGAAAUGUGGUAUUUGUGGACAUGGGCCAUUCCUCAUUUCAGGUCUCCAUCACAGCCUUCAACAAAGGCAAACUUAAGGUCCUGGCCACGGCUUUUGACCCGUACCUCGGUGGGCGUAAUUUUGACGAGGCAUUGGUAGAGUACUUCUGUGAGGAGUUCAAGGGGAAGUACAAGCUGAACGUGAAGGACAACCCGAGGGCUCUGCUGCGGCUUCAUCAGGAGUGUGAGAAACUGAAGAAGCUCAUGAGUGCCAACUCCUCCGACCUGCCUCUGAACAUAGAGUGUUUCAUGAAUGACAUUGACGUUUCCAGCAGGAUGAACAGGGGACAUUUUGAAGAUAUGUGUGCUCAGUAUCUGAUGAGGGUGGAGCUACCAGUGAAAGCAGCCCUUGAACAAUCAAAGCUGAGCCGGGACGACAUCUAUGCAGUGGAAAUAGUUGGAGGAGCCACAAGAAUUCCAGCCAUUAAAGAAAGAAUCUCUAAAUUCUUCUGCAAAGAUGUCAGCACCACACUUAACGCAGAUGAAGCCGUCGCUAGAGGCAGUGCACUGCAGUGUGCGAUUUUGUCACCAGCAUUUAAGGUACGGGAGUUCUCAAUCACUGAUGUGGUUCCUUUUCCUAUUACUCUGCGCUGGAAAUCACCUACGGAAGACGGAUUGGGAGAGUGUGAAGUGUUCAGUAAAAAUCAUGCUGCUCCAUUUUCCAAAGUGAUAACCUUCCACAAAAAGGAGCCCUUUGACCUUGAAGCCUUCUACAGCAACCCACAAGAUCUGCCGUAUUCAGAUCACAGGAUAGGAUGCUUUUCUGUCCAGAAUGUGGUUCCCCAGCCAGAUGGCGACAGCUCCAAAGUGAAAGUCAAAGUGCGUGUCAAUGUCCAUGGCAUCUUCAGUGUGUCCAGUGCGUCUCUUAUUGAGAAGCAGAAAGGAGAAGGCGAAGACAUGCAAAUUGACUCAGAGCCAAUGGUGCAGAAUGAAGGCAGAGCAGAGGACCAGACCAAAAUGCAGGUCGACCAGGAUGGCCAGAACCAGGGAGACCAGCAGAACGAUGAUAACAGCUCCUGUAGUAAGGACGGAGCUGCAGGUGAAAAGCAAGACCCAACAGCAGUUGGAAAUAAGCCCAAAGUCAAGGUGAAGAGUAUUGAUCUGCCCAUCAUGGCCAAAAACAUUCGACAGCUUGACAGUGAUGUCCUAAACAACUUUGUGGAGUAUGAGCGCCAGAUGAUUAUCCAGGACAAACUGGUAAAAGAGCAGAAUGAUGCUAAAAAUGCUGUGGAGGAGUACGUGUAUGAUCUGCGAGAUAAGCUUUGUGGAGUGUAUGAAAAGUAUAUCACUGAGGAGGACAGUAACCGACUUACACUAAUGCUGGAAGACACAGAGAACUGGCUGUAUGAGGAUGGAGAGGACCAACCCAAACAAGUCUAUGUGGAUAAACUAGAUGCCCUCAAGAGGUUGGGUCAGCCCAUUCAGGACCGGCACAGAGAACAUGAGGACCGGCCAAGGGGGUUUGAAGAGUUAGGAAAGAAACUGCAACUCUACAUGAAAGCUGUGGAUUCCUACAAACAGAAGGAUGAGCGAUACUUGCAUUUGAGUGUAGAGGAAAUGAGCACUGUAGAGAAAAGCGUAAAUGAAGGCAUGGGCUGGAUGAACAACAAGAUGAAUGCACAGAGUAAACUCGCUAUUACUCAAGAUCCCAUUGUUAAAGUAGCAGACAUCAUUGCCAAAAUACAGGAACUUGAUGAUAUAUGCAAUCCAGUGAUCAACAGGCCAAAACCCACUGUGGAGGAGGCUCCUGAAGUGAAUGACCAGAACACUGGAGCUCAUAAUAGUCCAACAGCCAAACAAGGAGCAGAAGGGAAGGGAGAGACCAAAGGAAGCCAGCAAACAAAAUCUGGCACAAAGGAGAUGGAAGUGGACUGAGAGCAAUGUCUGACAAGCAAACUCUGCAACCAUCGCUGCAUUUACCUUCACCGACCAUUUAGAUAGUAGAAACAUGAAUACCUGGGACCAUUUCUCAACCAUCAUUACCCACUUCUGUGGAUUUGUUUUUUUUUUUGUGUCCCCUGGUGGACUUGACCUUUUAGGGCUUUUUUGUUUUUACCUUUUUCAUCCUUAUGUGUGAUGAUGGCGUGCAUUGUUCUCUCAAAGGUUUGACAUACUUAAUAAAUGAAACAAUGAUGCAAUAGAUUAAACUCAGAUUCUGAUGAAAAACUGUACCAUACAGGAAAGUAUGCUUUUUUUUGGUUGCAUCCCUUGAUUCCAGCAGUGAAUCCUGUCACUCACAAGACAUAACAGUACUGUCCAAACAGUUGCAAUUGCAGGCCUAUUCAUUUGUAUGCAAUAAUACAAAUUAUUUAUAUUUGUAUAUUAAUAAGUUUAAAAUGCUGUUCAUGUUUAGAAACUGUAAAUUCUAUUUUAGUAAAUAAAAGCAGUCAACAUAUAUAAUAUAUGUACAUAAAGGACACAUUCCUAGUGUUAAUGCUUGAUACACCAGAUCUCUUUAGUAAGUGACUGGUUGCCUAUUUCCUUUCUGAUUUUCUUGCAUUUUUCCAUAUUUAAGUCCUGGGAUUUAAAAUGGCAAAAAUAAAUACAUUUGUCUGUAA